UCGAGUUUAAAAGCUCACACGUGAUAAUAAAACACGAGAAAAGCACUAAUUUCCACACUCUGGCGGCUGGGAAGCGAAUUAAAGCCGCACAAACAGUGUGUUGAAGGGGGGAGAUGUGAGCGCGUCCUGGGAGGAGUUUAGUCACAGCCUCCACCUCAGCCCAGCACCACCCGGCUGCAGACGGAGCAGAGCCGGACCGGCUGAUGAAUGGAGGCCUGAGAGCGCACCGCCCGGUCCUGAUGUGAUCCAGAGAGCAGCCGCUGCGGGGACUCCGAGUCUGGAGGAGCUGAGAUGAAGAGCGGAGCCUGAAGCUUUUCCCACCCAGCAAACGACAGUGCAGACCUCCAUCAUGUCCCUGUGGAUGAUCCUUCCUGUCAGCCUGCCCGUCUUCACCAUCACUGGAAUCUGGGUUGUAUAUGCGAUGGCCCUGUACAACCAGCAUGUCUGCCCCGUGCACAACUGGCUUUAUAAUGCGUCCUGUGAGGAGAAGCUUCCUUUGCAGAGGGGUCCUGUUCUGUGCUGCACUCUGGACAACAUCCCACUCAUCAGUAAAUGUGGAACUCUCCCACCUGAAAGCUGCUUCUUCAGCCUCAUCUGCAGCACCGGCUCCUUCAUGGUGAUGCUGAUUGGUCUGCUGCGUUACGCUCACGUCAUCGAGAAGCACCAGAACUGCAUCCUCAACACGGCCGGGCUCUCCACCGCCUGGAUCUGUGCUGCCGGCCUCAUCAUGGUGGGAAACUUCCAGGUGGAUUUUGCCAAAGUCCUCCACUACGUUGGAGCUGGCGUGGCGUUCCCCUCCAGCAUGCUGUUCGUGUGUCUGCAGUCGGCUCUGACCUACAGGCUGGCCAAGACCCAGGACGAGUACCGAGUGGGCCACCUGCGUGUGGGGAUGGCCCUGCUGGCGUUGAUCGCCCUGGUGCUCAGUGGAGUCUUCUUCUGCCAGGAGAGCUUCGCCCUGCAGCACGCCUCCGCCAUCUUUGAGUGGAUCUACUGCAUGCUCAUCAUGCUCUUCUACGGGACUUUCGCCUUCGAGUUCGGGGGCAUGUCGGGGGACACCCUGAUGGUCCUGUCCAGAGGAGGGGCGGUGCAGAGCUUCCCCACCUCUGAGCACAAGACAGAGGUGGGCGGCGGCUCCAGCCACCACCAGACAGAGAGCUUCUCGAUGCUGUAGCCGCGCCGCAGCGUGCUUCUGCACCCCUGGAGGUCAAAGGGCAACGCGUGGGCCCACCUGGAAGCUGCAUCCUGCACACCCUCACGCUCACUGCGGCUGCUGCACUCAGCUGUGACCAAAGACCGAGCAGAGACUUCAUUCCUGCUUUGCACAGUGUCGCACAACAAUGUAAGUGCCUGUUCUGAACACGAAGGCCAGCACGGAGUCACACGUGCACACACACAUGCACAGACCUCGCCGUUUGCUUUAAUCCUCCUCACGAAACAAUCGCUCUCUGAGUUCUUGGCUGGAGGUGCCUUUUAUCAGCCGGGAGGUCGUCGCUCCUCGCUGAGCAGAGGGCGGUUUGUUUCAGCGUUUAGACGCUUGGACGCCGAGCUCUGUAUUGUUUCAUACUCAGUACUCAGUUUUCUUACAUAAUCAGCUCUCGCUCUUUACCUCACGUGUAAGGUGAAGGUUUCUACAGGUUUCGACAAUAGAUGGAAAGUUACUGCGUGCUGAGAAUGAUCUGUUUUUAUUAAUGUGGUUUAAUUGUUGUACUUCGUUAAAACAUUUGGCUCAAAAUGAUGUCUGUCCUCCUGUUGGACGGUUUUUAAUGUAAGCUCAUCUUAUAUUUCCAGUUGUAAUAUCCACUCUAACAAGUCGCCGCCUCCUGUCGUCCAGAUAAGCUCUGCUGUAUAUUUUGUUGUAUCUCACUUCAGCUCUUUGCCAAAAACUCAUUGCUCUUCGCAACAAUGACAGUUUUAAUGGGACCAAGCGGUUUAUUGAGGAGGGAUGCCGUCAUGCUGUAUUUCUUUAUACACAGAUACGUUUCAUUACGAAUGCAGAGAACAAAGGAAUUAAAGCAAAUGGGGGAAAAAGAUUAAUUCCUCUUUUUUUAUGUGGUUUUCUUCCUAUUCGCAGACUUAAAGAAGAAAUCACGCCUCUUGUCAAAAUGUUUUAUUGCUCAUAUUUACAUAUUUUUCCAGGACUGAAGACAGACGAUGUGCACAGAAAGAGAUCUCUGAGGUUACAGCUUUACAGGUUUUUACAUCUUAUUGUUGCAGGUCCUGAUAAAAUUUACUGUUUUCGUGUCUAAUGAUGAAAAACUUAAACAGCACUUUCAUCUCAAACAACAACUUUAAAAGAAAAUAUUAUAACAAGUUCAGAAAACAGGUUUGUGCUUUGAUUUCCUACUAAAACUCUAGAACUGUAAACCCGUCAGUCUCUACUGAAUGCAUUAAUGUUAAGAUCUUUAAAGCCUUCGGAAGCUGCAGACACUCCGCCUGCAGCCAGCUGUCUAUCGUACAGAAAUAAAUGUUCAU